GCGCACUAAGGCUUGUAGACAGCUGGCAACUUGCAGAACUCCAGUUCGGAACUGGUCUCCUGAUCCUCUUGAAACUCAGAUUCAAUUUCAGUACAGCAGCAAGUUUUCCUUUCUAGAUCUCUUCUCGAGUUGUUUCCUGAUAGAACCGUCAACAUUAUGACUCAAGGGACUUCACUGGUGAUGCUCUUGUGCACGUGCAUGGCCGUAGUAUGCGGUGAGGUGGCGAAACAAAAAGAUGGCCCCGAAAACGCAGAAUCGAUUAAAUCAACCGACAUGAAUCUAUUACCGAUAGCAGAAACAAAAUAUUCAGCUUCUAGGCCUGUGAAAAGAUUCGAAAACGUUUCUCCAAUCUUUUUCACUGAUUUACUACAAGCCCUAGCGGAAGCAAGUAAAAGAAACCAUCAAAGGGUUAAUUUCGGAAGGCGAGCAACAGAGAAUUCAGGUCAUCAGCUUCUUCACUUUGGAAAACGGGAUGGGUCAAGAUACUUUGGUCAAGACCUAACCGAUACUACCAGUACCAAUAAUUACGUAAAAAGAGAUCAAGCGUCUGACCACAUUGGUCUUUCGAAAAACCCACGUUAUGAGCCUGGACUUAUUCUCCAUUUUCUCCUUGAUCAGGUCGAAAAUUUUCCAUACCAGCGACUUACUCGUGAGGGUCUGAAACGAAGUAAUGAUCACAAUAUCAUGUCGUUUGGUAAGAGGUCGGGUCAAAAAAACAAUCCGUUUUCUCCUGUGUUAGAAGUUUUAGGAGAUCGUCUCAUAAGCAGCCCAAAUACUGAUUUAAAGUCUUUCAUCAAACGUACAAAUGACCACAACAUCAUGUCUUUCGGAAAACGCUUUCCAGAAGAUUACGGAACGAGAGAGGAUAGCAAACAUAACGGACACAAAACUUUAUAUUUUGGUAAGAAGUCAGAAGAAAAUCGAGGAAAUGGACACACCAUUCUGUAUUUUGGGAAAAAGUCUGACGAUGCGAAUAAUGAUGGAGAUAAUAAAAUGUUUUCAUUUGGCAAAAAAGCAGGAGCAGAGGAAAAAAGUGGUGGUCACAGGAUACUUUACUUUGGCAAGAGGCCCUCUGUAGAAGAACCAGCUAAAGGACAUCAGUUUAUGUAUUUUGGUAAACGAUUUCUAAACGACGUAUUUUUUCAUCCAGAUGGACUUACAACUAUGAAAGAUUUAGCAUCUCCCACGGAACAGGAUCAGUUUGAGAAGAAAGCGCACUCUAUUAUUCAUUUCGGGAAACGUCCAGUAAGUUCCAUAAUACUUCCUAGAAGCGGUAAAAUCGCUAAUGAACCCGAAACGAAUGACGAAAAUUCUUCUCUUUACCAACCUUUAGAACUAUUCCUGGCUGAUGAUGUAAACGACAAAAAAGCUGUAGUUUUCCAGGAUCAUGCUGGAGAGAAAGAACAUCGUCAGAAAAGGGGCGCUAACCCUACUGAAAUUUCAAACCAACUUUUAUUGAAUAGAUUUUCCCCCAUACCCUUCCCUUUCUAUGUUUCUCAUUCUUUUGCUCUACCUUCUGAUAGUUCUGUGGAAGCUGAUCUGGUGGAAGAUAGGUUUCCGGAAAACUAUCCAAGUUUGUUGGCAAGUCCAGAGAGUUACUACCAUAGACAAGAUCGAGAUUUCCGAAUCCCCACGCAGAGAGAAAUCAACAAAAAUAUGUUUCUUCACUUUGGUUGAAACAAAGGCUAUAUUGAAGACAAUAUGUUUCUACGUUAUGUCAUAAGGUAUAUCUGGAAAAGUAUUACACAAAUGUAUGUUGGUUAAAGUGCUAAAAUUAUCUAUAGAAACUUUGAACUACACAUUAAUUUCUCUCUUACAUACCUCUAUCUAUAAUUGUCUCAUCUUUAGAAAACAUUAGAAAUUUAUAUGUACACAACUGUAAACAUAUGUGUGAAAUAAGAGCAUGUUAAAAUAUUUAUCAGAACUUCUCUAGUCAGCUCUGUUUUGUUGUUGAAAAUCGUAUGAAAU